AUGACAUCCAUUCCUACAACCAUCUCGACCUUAUCUUCACACCCAGUGGCUGAAGAAUUAACGGAAGAAUUGGAUCAACUUUUGGAUAUAUUUUGUUCGGAUGUACAACAGCAGUUUUGUUUGGAUCAGCAUGUAGCCACACAGCAACAAUUAGACCGGAUCAAACAAACUAUUCAACAAGCACGGGCUUUACUUCAAAAUGGAUGGUCAAUAGAUCAACAACAAGAAAAUGGUACGAUUCCUCCGCAACUUCAUGUAAGACAAACGGUGAUGAGAACAUGUUUAGAAAUGAUAGAUUCUUAUCAAGCUAUAGCUCAUCAACGACAACUACGCCAAUUACCAGAAGGACAAUCCCAGCAAUGGAUGCAUGUGGAUUGGCAACGCCUCAGCCAAAAAUUCGAUAUCAAGGCUCGGGAACAAGCCCAAUGGACUCAAUUAUUAACAAAUCUUAAAAACUUACAAAAGGCUUGGCAACAACGACCACAUCAACAAGUCACCAAAAUCAUUCAUUCUUUUUUAAUGACUUCCUUUGAUCCUCCUGCAGGUUGCCAUGUCGUUGUCGUCGAUCGUCAUAAUUAUGCACAAUUAGGUCUCAAACGUAAAGCUAUUGGAUCAAGACAACUUGUAUUUGAAUGUCAAUUAUUAUCUCGUCAAGAACAAAUUGAUAUCGUGGCCGAUCUUUGUCGACGAUUUGCUGCGAUCUUUGGUGAAAAUGCCCAUCAUAAUCUAGCCCAGAUCGAUAGUCAACUCAAACGGGGUCAACCUUAUGGUCUUCAGAAACGUUGUCAAGCUUUAUAUCAACGUUUAUUUUUACCUUUGAAUCGUUCUUUAUCUUCUUCAAGUUUGGAUGCUCCUCAAGUUAGAAUCUCUACUUCUGCACCAUCAUCAUCAUCAUCAUCAUCAUCUGCUUCUUUUGCUGUUGGUGCACCACAACAACGAUUAUCAUCACGUCCACCCUCUCCUCAACCUGCCUCUCAUAUAGAUCCUUUGCAAAAACAACGAAUGGAUCAUUGGUAUGCUACUCAAGAACAUUCUUCACAAUUGGAUCCAAAUCAAGUUGACACAACAGAGAAACAACAGGAUGAACAACAUGAUCAUGAAGUACCAAUAGCACAACAGGAACAGGAAUCGCAAGUAAAACAUCAUGAUCAUCAUCAUAUUGACCAUCAUCAUCAUCACCAUCAUCACCAUCAUCCUAUAGAUCGUCCACCUGAUCAUCAGCGUAAUAAUAAUAAUAAUAAUAAUAGUAACAACAACAACAAUAAUAUUAAUGGUAAUGAUAAUCAACAACAACAACAACAACAACAACAACAACAACAACAAUCAAAACAUACAAUACCUUCAAAUACGGCACAUUUGGCUUUAAGAACGACACCUUUUAUUGAUACCACCAGUUUAACUCUACAACAUAUUCCUUUACCCAGUUUUAUUCCCUCUCCAUGGCAAUGGCCUGAUUUAUUGAAAGUACGACAACCUUAUCGACCUUUAUUAUUUGGUUUGAUCAAACGAAGAAAGAAACGGAAUAGCAAUGGUGGAUUUUUUUAUAGAUUACGCCAUUUAUUCUAUGCACCGAGCAAAAAACCAUCGAUACCUUUCCUCCAACCCAUGGAAGAACAUGAUGUUAUAACAACUAGUCCAAUGACAACAACACCAACAACACCUACUCCUCUUCUGAUGCAACAACAACAACGUCGAUCAACAUCAUCAUCAACAUCACCAUCAUCAUCAUCAUCAUCACCAUUAUUUGCUAGUAUCUCGAUGGUUCAAUUGGGACAACAUUUUAUUCGAACAAGUCAACGAUUUUAUCAAGAUAUCAUGCUUCAUUGUCAACUCAAAUAUCAACAAGAUAGUGUGGUGUUGAAGGAAAUUGGAGGUGAUCUUGUACAAAUGUAUGCUGCCUUACAGUUGGAUAUUUCUCGUCUAGCCAUGCAACGCAUUGUUACCAUCUUGCAUGAACUGAAUACUAUGGAUCCUCCUCCUGCUGUUGUCACCCAUGAUGAUGUUCAUCCUACUGUAUAA